CCAACGACCGUGCGCGCGGCUAUCUCGACCAAGUUCCCCAACUCCGUAGCAGCAGCGUUAUACACCCGCGCCACCGCCGCCGCCGCCGCCGCCGCCGUUCCACGCCGUCCUCGCAUAGUCACCUUCCGCGCACGUCGUGGGUGAAGGACAUACGGAGCGGAUAUUUGUCCCCGCAACGUCCGCCUCGCCCGGUUAGGUCGCGACUGCGGACUCCCAGCCGUCCGCGCGAUUUCCACGCUCGCCGUCGCCGCCUUCCCGGCAGAGGGCAGCGGCUGCCACCCGACCUCCCCACCUCCCGCUCCCUAUUCUGGCGUCUGCGCGCCUCCCGGCCGCCUCCUGCAAGCUGCGGCAGGGUCUCCAGCCGGCCAGCUGCGGCCAGGUGACGGCCGCCCCUUGUCCCCUUCUGCCGCUGAGGGUCAGAGUUCAAGCUUCAAGGUGAGAACAGAAUACAGAAGCCUCUCCCUUGAUCUGUUCCUAGACCCGCCACUGGCCGUGCACCGAAUCAUUGAAGCUGCCAGGGACGCGGAGCGGCGGACCGGAGGUCACUGGGGCCACCACGACAGCCUCCAGUUCGAGCCAAGCCGGGGCGCUGUCGAGUCCUUGGUAGCUGCCGCUCCGACCUUUACUGGACUUGGAUGUUGCCUCAGCAGUCCGCAGGUUGUCCUUUCCAUCGACUUGUCAAGUAAUAUUGGUCCAUGAAGUGUAGUUCGUGGACAGCUCAUCCCUGCUUCUGCUGGUACUGUCAAUGUAAGGAGGGGAUCGGCAUCCCUUGUCUAUGCACCGGGCAGGCCCAUUGUUUCUGCGCCGAGCCCUUCUGAUCAGGAGCUAUCCCCCAGUGUCACACCUGUCCUCUCAGGCUUGUUGGUUGAACAGCUCUGAUAAUGAAGAGCCCAGUCAGAGUUCUGCUUACGGUGAUUAUAGAAGUCGCCGUCUGCUUCCCUUGAUCACACUAGCAGUGCGGGCGUCGAAUUGGGAUGCUGCCAGAAAUAUAAGCUUCAGGGAGUGUGUGAGGUUAUAUGGGUCAUCUCAGUCAGUUAGUCUGUUUGCUUUGCUUGUGCAGGCAUUCUUGCCGCGGAGAAUCAGAGAGGUCCGGUGCUUGAUUCAGAGCAUUGUUGAUUACUGUGGAAAUGCUGGGUCACAGUUGUUUGAGUUGGCUCCUAUGUUGGUCAGCAAUUUGGGUCAGUCAAUGACGCUGUUACAAGUUUAUGCUGCGGUCAUCCGUAUUUUUGUAGAGUCGUCAAUGUUUGAGGAUGCUCUUCUCACUUAUAUUGAGGUCAAGAACUUUGGUGUUGACAGACGUUUGUGCAAUUUCUUGCUGAAGUGCUUAGUCGAGGGGAAUCAGAUCAUGUAUGCGAGGAGUUUAUUUGAUGACAUGAAAAGUUGUGGUCCUUCACCCAAUGUCUGCUCUUAUUCAAUUUUGAUGAGUAUGUACACACAUGGAGAGAGGUUAUGCUUAGAUGAAGCUUUUGAGCUUCUUUGUGAAAUGGAAUCAAAUGGUGUGAGACCGAACGCUACAACAUAUGGAACUUACCUCUAUGGGCUUUGCCGUUCCAGACAGGUAACAUCUGCAUGGGACUUUCUUCAAACUCUUUCUCAGAGUGGUGGCCCUUGCAGCAAUUAUUGUUUCAAUGCUGUGAUUCAUGGUUUCUGUAGCGAGGGUCAGGUUGACAAAGCUGUAGAAGUGUUUCAUGGGAUGAAGAAAUGUGGGUUUGUCCCAGAUGUCCACAGCUACAGCAUAUUAGUUGAUGGGUUAUGCAAACAUGGGGAUUUAUUGAAAGGUUAUGACAUGCUUGAUGAAAUGGCAAGAAAUGGAAUAUGUCCUAAUCAAGUCAGUUACAGUUCACUUCUGCAUGGCCUUUGCAAAACUGGACAGGUUGCAUUGGCAUUAAAGAUUUUCAAGAACCUCCAAGACCAAGGUUUUGAGCAUGACCAGAUAAAUUACAGCAUCAUUCUUCAUGGCUGUUGCCAACAUUUAGAUCUCAAGGCCAUCUCUGACCUUUGGUUUGACAUGAUUCAUCAUGAUAUCGCUCCAGAUGUUUACAAUUAUACCAGUCUGAUCUACGCAUUUUGUAGACAUAGAAACCUUCAAGAUGCAUUGGGAGUGUUUGGGCUCAUGCUUGAAAAUGGGUUGAGUCCCAACAUUGUGACAUGCACAAUCCUAGUUGACAGCUUUAGCAAAGAAGGGCUAGUUGGUGAAGCUUUCCUGUUCCUGGAUAGAAUACAUCAGUCAUUGGGAAUCGUCCCAAACCUUUGCAUGUACAGAGUUAUUAUCAAUGGCCUUUGCAAGACCAACAAAUAUAGUGAUGUGUGGAAAUUUUUUGCAGACAUGAUAAAGAGGGGCUAUGUUCCUGAUGUUGUCCUUUACAGUAUUAUUAUUGAUGGCUUCGUGAAAGCUCUGAAGUUGCAGGAGGCCUUAAGGUUGUAUCGUAAGAUGUUGGAUGAAGGCGUAAAACCUAACACAUUUACAUAUUCUAGCCUCAUAAAUGGGCUGUGUAAUGAUGAUAGACUUCCUGAAGCUAUGGGAUUGAUUAAGGAUAUGAUUGGGGAAGACCUGUUACUUGACAAUAUUUUGUACACAUCUAUCAUUGCUUGCUAUUGUAGGCGUUUAAAUAUGAAGGCUGCUAAUGAAUGGCUCAGAGAAAUGGAAAGAAGUGGUGUGUUCCCAGAUGCUUUUGUAUAUACUUGUAUGAUUGAUGGUUAUAGUAAAGUGCUUGCAAUGGAUGGUGCGCGCUUGAUGAUGGAAGAAAUGGAAAAAAGAAAGCUUAAACUUACUGUAGUAACCUACACAGCUCUCAUUAUUGGAUACCUUAAAACGGGGGAUGAGAAGGAAGCUUGUAUGAUGUAUGAGAGUAUGCGUCAUGCAGGCAUUGCUCCAGAUGCCAAGCUGCGUUGCAUUUUGGGCAUUGGCAAUGACAAGGGUGAUUGUGAUGAUUCUCAGAAAGCGAAGGGUGUAACAUAAUUUUCACAUAGAGAUUUAUUAACUUGAUGAAGGGACUUCUCUGUGAUGGCUCUGAGCUCGCCUAGUGCAUGACACUGUUGGCUCCAUUUGUUUCCUCCACUUCCACACUGCCAUCCUAUGGACAACGAAUGGAAAGCAGUAACCUGAAAAGUGGCAGUUAAAUCCAUGGACAACAGCUGAGGGUGUAAUCAAUACAGAAUGUGAGCAAUCUGGACUAACUGAAAUAAUAAAGAAGCAUGGCGAUAAGGAGUGGAAGCCAGAGCUUGCUGUCACAUGAGUUCAGGAGGUGCAGCUGCAGACUUGCUGAGCAUGGCAGCUAAGCUGAGCAACAAUAAGAAGCAAGAAGUGGGGGUGCAUUAAGAACCACCACAGAUAUAUGGUGGAAAGUUAACACACAGCAAAUUUUCUGCCAGCUUAUCCAGAGGGCAGCAAUUAGCAGGUGUCGUCAUUUCCUACUUCAGCAAGGCCUCUUGCAGGCUAACUCAUGGUGGCUUGAUAAUUCCUGAUGCUCCAGAGGUGGAGGCGCUCACUUGCAAGAAUGCUGUGUAAACUGCAUAGGAUCACAAGCUGCAGGGUAAUUUGAUGCGGGUGUGAAAACUGAACAAGCUGCGUAGGAUCACAAGCUGCAGGGUAAUUUGAUGUGAAAACUGAACAUUGUUGAGGCGGGUGUGAGGAACAACUAAACAAGAAAGAAAUAGGUCAGGCAUCGACACCUUUCUGGAAGAAAUUGAGCAUCCAGGUGGAUAACACAUUCCCAACAAGUCCACAAAGCACACAACUAAGAUAUCUCCCCAGAAAACACCACACUGAGCUCAAAAACCAAUUACAUGCCCCACUCGGAACCCAACUUCAGAAAACUAACCCAUUUCCCCUCUUGAAACACCCCCCCCCCCCCCCCCCAAAGGCAAGAACUUCACCAGGCGAAUUUUGACUUCAGCCGGAACUUCUGUCAGCUCCCAAGCAGAAGCACUCUGAAAACAGUUGGCGAUGAAGCAACAGUGGUCAGGAUCCAUAUGGCGUCGGAUUGUGCAGCCGUACGUCUACCAUGCCACCAUCAUGAACGGGUACUCUUCAGACUGUUGCCAGCGCUGCUGCGCAGGGACCUCUAUCAGCACAAGAUGUCACACUCCACAGUCCACGGUCCACACGAUGGCAGGACCUCAAGCUUUUCUUUGCACGCAGAGCUCGGCAGCAGCCUUGGAACGGUCCGCAUGGCCGUGAGCACGCGUUCUCAGUUUGUUCGAGUCACGGCAGGCCGGAGGUCAGCGUCGUCGACGAGGGAGCAGCAGCGUCUGGGCGUCUGGCGCAACCAACAUUUGGCCUGCACGCCACAAUUGACUUGAGGGGUUUGGCUGUCGUGUGCGGCGAGCUUGCGGCUCCGAUCCGGGACCGGGGACGAGUCGACGUAUCCAGGCUCCAUGUGGCCGUCUCCAUCGGCAAGAUAUCGCCUGUCCCCCCUCUCCUGGUCUCGUGCUUUCCAGCUUCCCAUCAUGAUCUCGCAAGUGACUGCAUAAAUCACACGAUCGCAAUUGCAAAUUCUCCCGAGACACUUGUAAAGUGUAUUUUCAGGAAGUCUGUUUUGGACUUGAUCAAUCAUCGCUGGUAUUAUUGGCCGCGAAGCAUCCAUACGGCUCCAGGAUUAUGAUUGUCUCCUCACCUCAUGCGUUAAUUCGCGCUUCAUCAUUCAAGCCGUGCGUGAUCUUUCUUUCAGACGCAUAUAAUUCAGAUGUGCAUCUUGGACACGGCGAUAUUUGCUAAUAAUUCAGGUUUGGAUGGAGCGAGGCCAAGGUGCAACACGUUUCCUGCCGACCUACUCGCAAGUUCCUUUCUUCUUUUUAUUUUUUCUUGUGUAUGUAAAGAACAUGAUUAGCAUCGAUUCGAGCAGAUUUUGGUCUGGCUGUUUCGCAUGCUGGCUGUUUAUUAUAUACUUCAGCCAUUUCUUUUUUAAAACUGUUUAUCUACGUA